CGGGAGGGGACUUGCAAGACACUCAGCAGCCACGCCGUCCCCGAUCUCAUCAGUUGCACCCCUCAGCUAAGCGCCCACCAUCUUGCCGCGGAGCCUGGCUAUUUAGUUCCAGUACCAGGACGAUCUGGGAACAGCAUCGCGACAUCGCGAGAUGAGGUGCGCAGGCUCGGCCAAUUCUCACCACAUGGGACAUUACCAUUGCCGAUUCGUGAUUCGCGGUAUAAAAGGUAUGGAGAAGUUAGCUCAUGACUAGUCUCGUCACCACCACAACCGUCUUUUCCUCGGAUCCCAGCCGAAGCUCGAGAUACUAUAACUCUUGCCCUUUCUGGAAAAAUACAUCCGAGCGCGUUCGCGUUCGUUCCUCUCUCUCUCUCUCUCGCGCGCGCGCAAGCUCUUAACCAUCGCAACUCGAGCUCCGGUUCUUAUCCUAUGUGCUACUUGCUCGUCCAAUUCCUCGAUCGCCGAUGCAUACAGAUUCCCGUCUUUAGUCUCCACCCAUCGAAAGGCAUGGAGCUACCUCGACGAGGAACUCUGCAACCUGCAUUGCCAUGCCGUUAACGAAUCAACGUAAUAUCAUCAUCAUCCCUGUCGCAAGCCAGGCCUUUUAGGAGUCAACGUCUUUUACGUCCCUGGUCCGUUCGUUAAGCCUUACAUACGCUGGCAACUCUCAAUAUUCACGCAUAUCUCCAGCUUCACUUCCUUGUACCUUUCCUUUGGACGACAUACCUACCGUCCGACCGAAAGCAAUUCUUUGUGCCGCCGCCUCGUCUUCAUCGCCCGGUCGUCAUCCUUGCUCCCCAGCACAGCAUGUCAGUGCGCGUUGACGGGAUCGUUUCCAGAGUAUACCGUACGGUGCGCGGUAUUUGAACACAGGCCGUGACGGCUGCCUUGAGACAUGGAUCCAAUGGAAGGAGGAGGCAAUCCAAGCGCAAGUGGGAGCCGUCCGGUCCUUCCUGCGACAUCGCCCGCUCCCUCCACAACGGCCGGAGGAAACCGUCCUGCCUCUGCUUCCGCUUCUCAGCCCACGCCCUCCACCUCUUCCUCCGGCCCGCCCACCGGUCCGCCCUCGGGGGGUCCGCCCACCAGCCAAACCGUCUCGAAACGCAAGCGAGGAUUGGGACUUGUCACUCCAACGGCUUGCACCGAGUGCCGCAAGAAGCGCGCAAAGUGCGACGGCGAGAAGCCUUGUGCUCGAUGUAAAUAUCAGAACACCGAAUGUGUCUACGAAGUCCCUGUCCGUCAGUCCAAGGACACACUGAGAAACGAGAUCGAACAGCUGAGGCGCGAGCAACGGAACAACGAGCAUGUGAUAAACGCCCUCAGGCGCACGGAUAAAUGGGACGGGGUUUUACAGCGCUUGCGCAACGGCCAGAGCAUCGAUAUGAUAUCCUCGUGGCUGGAGGGGACGCUUCCCUCGGGCGGUGGCACACUUCCUUCCAUCGAUCGACUAGUCGGGUCAGCUCCUGGUGCCUUUAAUUUCUCGGGCGACCCAGCUGGGUCUUAUGGCGGCGCUAUUCCAGGUUUGGCUCCCAUCAGCCGAUUUCCAGGUCAAGGGCUGCCAGGCCAGCACCCUACUACGGGUCCGCAUCAGCUGGCUGAGUUUCAACCAAGCCAGUACCAACUGGUACAAGGCCAUCCAGGUCAAUUUCCGCGGGCUAUCAGGCAUGAUCCCGAGCCUCAUAGUCUCUGGAAUGGCCAGUUCUCCUCUCAUUCUCAGACGGUGCGUGGCAACUCGCAGGCAAAGGCCAUGAGCUGGACUUCAGAAAAUGGGCAGCAAUCGCAGUCAAGAGCGGAAUCGUGGGCGGAAACUCGGGCUGGCGUCAACUCAGAAAACCAGAGAUUCCGCGGUCUUGACCAAGUACUUGCUACCGAGGCACUGCAUUCGCGGGCACCGCCUACUACAUGGACGACCAUCACUUCGGAUGACGGUCUUGUUCAACAUCUGCUGGCGCUGUACUUUUGCUGGGAGUACCCUACAUUUGCGUCUCUCAGCAAAGAACACUUCCUCAAGGACUUUAUGGACGGGCGACCUCGCUUUUGCUCGUCCCUAUUAGUGAAUGCGCUUCUGGCGUUGGGUUGCCGGUUUUCCAGCCAGCCUAGUACUCGCGCGAACCCGAACGACCCGUAUUCGUCGGGUGAUCACUUCUUCAAGGAAUGCCAGCGACUAUUUUAUCAAGAAGAAAACCAUCACACGCUAACUACCAUUCAAGCCUUGGGUAUAAUGUCCAUCAGAGAGGCAAGUUGUGGUCGUGAUUCUGAGAGUUGGUACUACGCCGGACAGAGUAUCCGACUGGCGAUAGAGAUGGGACUGCAUCGGGUUCAAGAUGACGGCAAGGAUUGUGACGAAAGUGCGGUUCAAGCAGCCACAUUCUGGGGUGCAUUUGCGCUCGACCAUGCUUGGUCGUUGGCCACCGGCUCGCUCCCCCAGUGCUCGUGCUUCCCACAGCUGCCUCCGAAGCCCGCUAUCAUCGAUGACAUUGAGGCCUCGCUCUGGAUACCCUACACAGACGAUGGCGCUCCUCUACACCAAUCGUGCGAACAACCGUCUAAUGUUCGAUCGGUGUACAAAUGCUUCUGUGAAUUAAGCGAGCUAGUUCACCAAUCAUUAUUCAUCCUUCACUCCCCUGGCCGGCCGCUUACGAGCAGAGAUCUGCUCAAGAUAUAUACACAGUAUCUGAACUGGUAUGAUAGGAUACCAGAGGUGUUGCGACUUGGCCAUAACUUCACUCCCGCUGUGUUGUUCGCGCACAUGUAUUACCAUUUUGCCAUUCUUCUCCUGUUCCGGCCGUUGAUCAAACUUCGCAUUGUUGGAUCGAGCAUUUCUCCGCGUGAUGUGUGUGUACAGGCAGCCGAUGCCAUAUUGGGGCUUGUGCGCUCGUACUCGCAAUUGUACACGUUAAGACGGACGCCAUCAUUUGUCCCUUACUUUGUGCUCACGUCCUCCAUCAUGCACCUGGCGAUUGGGGCCACGUCCUCAGCAACGCCCGACCCCGCUGGAGGCAUAGGUCAAGCGGAACCCAAUGACCAUGGCCAUCCGAGGUUUGAUCCUCGCGUUGGCGAAGCCAUAAGUCGAGGAAUUGCCGAUCUUACGGAGAUGGCACCAUGUCACCACUUCGCCGAACAAGCGCUCAAUAUACUCAAGUACCUGGCCAAGAAGUGGAAUAUUGAUGUGGACAUCAAGACGAUAGGUGGAGAGGACGGGCAGCAACGUGUCAGGGUCGACCGCUAUCAAACCACUCGACCGGUUACAAACAGCCUCAAUUUCUUCGUUCCCGAAGUUACCGAGGAAGACUUCAACUGCAAAUGGGGAGAGGGGGUAGAAUCAGGACACGGUUCAGCGACCAGAGUGGAAAUUCAGCCAGGAGAUGUUAAGCAUACGGCCAGCGCUACGGAAAAUCCCCUGUUCUGGCCGUUUCCGAUGCAAGGACGUCCGAUGCUGGCAACGGGCCCCGAACUGCUGAAGACUGGCUUUGAGCUUAUCUAGCGUGAUACAGAUCACCCACCGGCUGUGGAUAAGCCUAAAGACUGUUGGCCGAGUUGCUUGCCGGCAGUGAUGCGGGGAAUAUUGCUGAAGGGUAAUAAGCGGCUGGGGAAGAAUGCCUCGGAAUCCGGCCAGUCGAGCAAAGCAUUUGGCCAACCACCCGAUGGCGCACAUCACAGCGUUCCGGAGGCUGUAUUUUGUUUCAAGUGUUUCGUUUAUACUGCAGCCUAUCACGGAUCUUUUAUAGGCCAUAUUUUGGCAUGCACCGAGGAGCUCAAUAGGAAAGGGAGCAAGGGCGAGAAGAAGUGAGGCUCAGCGUUUGAGCGGCGAAGUCGGAAAGAUGUGAUGUAUCACGACUGCGAAGGAAGCAACGAUUUCUGGGGUGGUUGGAGCACGACACUUGCAUUAAAGACUAGAAGCUACCGAUGAGUGGUAGUUAUGUGGUGCAAUUGCAUAAGGGGGCAACAAAAGCAACAAAGGCGAGUGGAAUUCAUCGACUGUACAAAUUUGCGCCAUGUCAAAAGACGGGGAGUUUGAGGUUAGGGCAGGACAUUAUGGCUCUUGGGGCGUGCUAUAAGUCUGGGAGUGUGUUUUGUGUUACUGGGUUACCAUUCGAUACCCCUAUGUCGUCUGAGGCAUACGAACAAUCUCUUUUCAUUUCUGAAAGGAGGGAAAAUAAAGCGAAAUAAAAAUAACAAAGCAGUAGAUCAUCAUAGCUAGA